GUGUCCGUGUAAUUCAUGUUUAAUUGUGUAAAAAUUAAUUAUUGUUAAUUGUGUGUGUUCCCGCGUGAUGUAUGUUGAAAAUAUGAGCGCCCCAUUCCCGCUAAGCUGGUCAUAAUUAAGAGCUAUCUAGAGCAAAGUAGCUCGAGCAAUUCGAGCGCAAAUCAAUUAGAAGCAACAGCUGAAAAGCCAAAUAUUAAGGCACCCAUAUCUCAAAUUUGUAAAUAGCCAACUGUGCAAGUGCUUGGCCAACACAGUGUGUGUAUGAGUGUUUAUGUGUAAUAAUGCGCGCCACAAUUGAAUUUGAGGAAUGUCUAAAGGAUACGCCAAGAUUCAGACAAUUUGUGUCCAAGGAGGAGGCCGACAUUGAGCACUUGGAACAGAAGUUGGAAAAAAUCAUCAAGCUGUGCAAUGUGGCUGUGGACUCAGGCAAAGAAUAUGUCAAGAAUCAGAGCGCAUUUGCCAUGUCCUUAUGGGACUUGCAACAGCAUUUUCUCGAUAAUAAAAAUGCGCACAAUGCGCUCGGCAAGCUGAUUCAUUGCUUCCAGGAAAUGAACAAGUUUCAUACGAUUUUAUUGGAUCAGGCUUCACGUACUGUAUUGAAAAAUCUCAACGUGUUCGUCAAAGACGACAUCAAUCAGGUGAAAGACUACAAGGGACACUUUCUAAAGGUGUCCGAGGGCUAUGACAAUGCUUUGAUAAAGAACGCGCAGGCGAGCAAAAAUCGACCGCAGGAGGUUCAGGAGGCAGCCAACAUUCUGUCGGCGUCCAAGUCAUGUUUCCAACACACCGCCCUGGACUACGUCAACUAUAUAACGUUGGUGCAGUCACGAAAGGUGCCAUCGAUACUGUCGACGUUGCUGGACUAUUAUCAGGCGUGCGUGACUUAUUACCACCAAGGCUUCGAUUUGUGCAACGACUUUGAUGAGUUCUUCAAGAACAUCACCGACGACUUGAAUGUGAUACGCGGUGAUUAUCAACAGUUGGAGAAAGCAAUGCAGAAUCGACAUAUGAGCGUGAAUCGUUAUUGCGACACCAACACGAAUAGCGCCUCACACAAGGUCGAGGGCUAUCUGUUCAAGAAGAAGUCAAAGGGCUUCAAGACGUGGUGCCGGCGCUGGUUCUACUUGAGCGAAAAUCAGCUCGUCUAUAGUGAUUUGGAUUCGCAUUGCAGAAAACGCAGCAAUGAGGACUCGUUCUCAGUGAUGGAGGAAGAUCUGCGCAUAUGCACUGUGCGGCCAGUUAACGAAGGCGAUCGUCGAUUCUGCUUUGAAGUAAUCUCGCCAACCAAAUCGCACAUCCUGCAAGCUGACUCGGCGGACAUGCUGUCCCUGUGGAUAUCGGCGCUACAGCACAGUAUCGGGGCGGCAAUACAACACGAUUCACAGCACUCGCGUCCACAGUCCACGAAUGCACCGAAUUCGCUGACAUCGAAGCGGAGAAUCCACUGGGAAGAGUUUCUCAAGAUACCAGGCAACGCGCAAUGCUGCGACUGCCGUGGACAGGAGCCCCGCUGGGCUUCUAUUAACCUCGGAAUCACAUUGUGCAUCGAAUGCUCCGGGGUGCAUCGCAGUCUAGGCGUGCAUUACAGCAAGGUGCGCUCACUGACGCUGGACGCCUGGGAAACGGAGAAUGUAAAGGUGAUGAUGGAGCUGGGCAAUGAUGUGGUCAAUCGGAUCUACGAGGCACGCAUCGAGGACAACUGCGAACUGAAGCCGCCCACGGAACAAUGUGAAAUUGGCGUACGCGAGGCCUGGAUAAAAGCCAAAUAUGUAGAGAAGCGGUUUGUGUGCAGCAUGCCCAAGCCGCAGGAGUUGCUGGCCAGCGAAACGGCCGAGGUGCUGUCCAUCGAUAGUGGAGGGGAUGCGGGAGGCAGUGGCACAGAGGAUGGAAGCGGGAUCUUGGGCAAGCACACCACACUCUCUCUGAGUACACGUAAGUGGACUGUGAAGAAGCUUCGUCGACGACGACAACAAAGACCUCUGCCCAAAACACUGAGUGAUGAGCCCAGCAUCUAUAAUACGGCGAAUACGGGGGACGAGGACGAAGAUGACGAUGACGAGUCCCUCAACAUACCAUCGAUGUCGUUAAGUAUAUCGGGUGACGACUUGCUAGACAUAGGCAAAGAGCUUGCGCUGGAUAGCUAUGUAACCCCCUGCAUACUGGGUUCCGAUCAGGAGAGCACUGAAGGGGAGUCCGAUACAGAGCCGUUGGAUGAGGUGCCUUUUGCCCAGCUCGAUGCCAAUCUGAUGCUAUACAAGGCGGCUCGGGUGCAUAAUCUGCCCGUAAUGUGCAUGGCGUUUGCCCUAGGAGCGGACAAAAACUGGAAAAAUCCGCAGGACCGCCAGCGCUCGUCCCUGCAUGAGGCUGUCUUGUCGGGAUCAGUGAUGGCUUGUGAAUAUUUGCUGCUUAAUGGCGCCUCUAUUGAUGCCGUUGAUGAGAUGGGCUACAGUGCGCUUCAUAUAUCAACCGCUAAAGGACAUAUAGCUCAAGUGUACUUAUUGUUGAAGCACAAGGCCCAAUACGAUCUGGCCUCGAGUGAUGGGAAAAAAGCGCUGGAUAUUGCUGUGGAUCAGAAGAACGCCGAUAUUGUAACGCUGCUGCGACUAACUCGCUUGAACGAUGAGAUCGGCCUCAAUGAUGAGUACAACGGGGAGGAUGAGACAUACAAGGAUGUGAUGAAGGACUUUUCGAAUUUUGCCGCCAGUCAGCCGCGCUUGUUGCGCCAACGAAACGAUUCCAACACUCUGGAGUCUCAGCGCUCCUCACUUACCAAUUCAGAUUAGCAGGAGGAGGAUGCGGCUGCCGCAUAUGACUCGAAGCGUAUCAGCAAGGCGCGCAAAUGCUAAACGCUAAUUCAAAUUCGUAUUUUUUUAUAACUGAUUUAGUUGGUGACUUACUCUGGAUUGUUAUUGGCUAUAUAUGAUAAUGCAGUUUGCUUCCGAGAAUUGUUAGCAUUUAAAGGACGUUGCUGUUGCUGUCGCUGCUUCUGCUUAUAAACUCAACCAAACAUUCGUGUGUAUGCGUAAAUAUUGUGUAUAUGUAUGCUUGUGUUUCUCUAGGAAAUCUCAUUUAACUACGAUUCCAUGACGCUAAUGCAUUUUAAAAUUGUGUAACCGUGUGUAUGAAUGUAUUUGCGGAAGCGCACUAUAUCUCCUCGUCUUAUUUGUUGCAAAGUUUAGUUUAAGCUUAAAGUUUAGUCUGAGAACUCAGCACGUUGCUCGUAUUGUUUUGAUUCAUUGCUUGUAUACUUAUAUAGAAUUGUUUAUUUAAAAUCUAUACUUAUACAUAUGUGUAUUUGCAUAACGUAUUGUACAUUAUAGCUCUACUAUGGUAUUUAUUAAAUUAUCGCGAUAUUACUAUGU